AUGACAACUCCACAUUUUUGUGAUCGCUGCGGAUCAUGUGGCAAAAGUUUCGGUCGAACAGAGCCACGCACCAUCUUCAACGGUAAAACUUACCAUCAAAACUGUCUCAAAUGUGCAAAAUGCCGAAGUCCUCUAAGUGGAAACUUCUAUCCAACAUUAGAAGGUUUCACAUGUGAACAAUGCCAUAAACGUAUUUCAACGCGUUGUAAACGAUGUGGAAAUGCUAUUGAAGCUGGUAUCAAAUAUAAAUUAUACAAAGGACAAGAGUAUCAUCCGGAAUGUUUUUGCUGUUGGUCAUGUACAUCACAAAUUAAUGAAGGCGAACAAUUUUACGAACUCCGUGGUUAUCCACAAUGUCCGAAAUGUCAUAAUGAAGGUAAACAAGAAUUUGCUGAUUAUCAACCGGUUCAACUACAUCAGUGUAUCAAAUGUCAUAAGACCAUUGAGAAAACGCAACCGUUUUCAUUCUAUGAAAAUAAUCCAUAUCAUAAUGAUUGUUUUAUUUGCAAUCGUUGUAAUCUCAGUUUAGUAGGAAAACCAUGUCAUCGUCUUGGUUCAGCUAUUGUUUGUCCUAAUUGCAAUUGA